UCGAAAGUAGCGGGGUGGUAACCCUCCUACACUGAGAUCCUCUGCAUCCGGAGUUGUACAGUACUUUAACAGAGAUAACAGUGUUGGCUCCCUUCACGAAUAAGUUUCAAAGUUUAAGGGGAGGACAAUGGCUUUAUUAAAGUUAAUAUGCGCGAUUAUUACCCGAUGUUUGUUCAUCAUUGUAGCCUUUUUGGGGGUCUCGUUAGUUAUCCGGGUUACAAAAGAUAGUCGUUAUUGGUUGCUGACUCUUCUGUUCAUACCUCUCAUUUUGGAAAUGUUCUUAACUUUUAAAUUACGAAAAGGCGAGGACUGCAAGUGGUUCUCGCCAGCCAUCUUGCUGUUCCUCAUCAGCAUCAUACCCUCCAUAUGGAUUUUGGAACUGUACCAUCAAGAAAAUGAAUUAAAUUAUCCACAGUGUGGCAACCUGAAUUUAACAGAAAAUGUAAGGAGCAUUUUAAAUAAGACCAGAAACAAUGAGAAAAUCAGGGAACUGGAUGGACUUCUGUCUAAAGUGUGUGUCAAUGACUGGAUUCUUGCUCUUCACCAAAUCCUGCUCAUCCUCCUGAUUGUGGGAAAGUGGCUGCUGCCUAAAGGAGGCAGUGUCACCAGAGACGGGCUUUCACAGCUCCUGCUCAUUUUCGUUGGUAUAGCUGCAGACAUACUGGAGUUUACAAGUGAGACACUGUCAGAUGUGAAGGAAAGUAAGCCCGAGUUUGUGUACGUAAUACUUGGUGUGUGGACUUGGAGUAUGUUACAAUUUCCUUUCCAUGUGGCAGUGGUGAUCCCUGGUUCAGCAGACGCUACUGAAGAUCAAAGCAUGUCCCGCUUUAGAAGACACUUCAAUGACAUCUGGGGCAUAACUGAAAGUGUGUUAGCCCACGAUGGUCCCUUCCUUGUGGUUAGACUGCUGCUCAUGAUCAAUCACAAAGUGUUCCACAGAAAGUUGGUGUUCUUUACUAUUAAAAAUUUCCUUGUUAUUAUCCUCAGUUUUUACCGCUUAUAUGUUAUUAUGUCAGAAUAGGUAGAAAUCUCAGAAAAAGACCCUGUGUAGGAAGGAUGAUGUAAUAAUAUUGUAUUUGACAUCUUAAUAUAUUACAUAUUGUGUAAUAAAUUAUACAUGAACAUGUUGCAAAUGUCAUCAACUUCAAAUUUUUGGAACAUAUGCAUUUGCAUAUUUAUGAGAUACUUCCUGGGAUAGGUACUAGGCUUGAUCUGACCUUAACCUGGAUGAGGAAAUGAUAGAAAGAACAGAAGGACAGAAGGAUGGAAUGUAAUAUUGACAAAUAAAAAAA